GUUGUGUAUUUUCAAAAUAAAUCCAUAAAAAUUACUCGUUUAACUAAAGAUUAACAGUUAUUUAAGUAUAAUAGUCAAUUUAUAACUAUCAAGUAAGCGGGCCGGUGUUAUAUUUCCAUUAUAGACUUUUUUAAAAGACAUAUUUUACGGAAGAAAGUUUGACGAUGGCGCCCCCACAGCCCAAGGCGGCGGGUAACGCCCCCGCGGCGCCCGUCGGCGGAGUCCAGAAGGCCAAGCUCGGCAAACCUAGGAAUUAUGACUUGGGCAAUGGUGUCGUGAGGUUCUCUAAGAGCAAAAUGUUCCACAAGAAGGCCAAGUACAAGUUCAUCGGCAAGAAGCACCCCAAAGCGCCAAAGGCAACGAAGCCCACAGUUGUGGUGAAACCCAUCGGCGGAGAGAAGAAUGGAGGUACACGUACCGUCCUGCUGAAGCGCCGCAGAUCCUUCUACCCCACACAAGACAAGAUCCGCACGCGGCCGCACCACAAGACAUUCAGCAAGCACGUGCGGCGGACGCGCCCAAACCUGACGCCGGGCGCCGUGUGCAUCCUGCUGGCCGGGCGCCACGCGGGCAAGCGCGUCGUGCUGCUGGCCGUGCUGCCCAGCGGCCUGCUGCUGGUCACCGGCCCCUUCGCGUACAACUCGUGCCCGCUGCGCCGCGUCCCGCAGCGCUACGUGAUCGGCACCAGCACGCGCCUGGACCUGGGCGCCUUCCAGCUGCCCGCGCACCUGGACGACGCUUACUUUAAGAAGAACAAGAAGUCCGCCAAGCGCAGCGUCAAGCGCAAGGAGGGCGAGGACAUCUUCGUCACCAAGAAAGAGAAGUACGUGCCGUCGGAGCAGCGCAAGGCCGACCAGAAGCUGGUGGACGAGGCGGUGGUGAAGGCCAUCGGCGCGCGCGCCGACAAGAAGCUGGUGCGCGGCUACCUGCGCGCCGCCUUCGGCCUGCGCUCCAGCCAGUUCCCGCACCGCCUGCGCUUCUAGACACAAUAAACCUAACAUACUA